AUGGAUCAAAAUACCGAGUCGAAUAAGACGACUACUAGUGAAGACAAAUAUCAGUUCCUAGACAAGUUGAGAGUGCUUGUUAUCGAUGACAAUAUCGUCUGCCUCAAGAUUAUUUCCAGCUCUCUCGAGAAAUGCAAUUACAAGGUAAAAGCAACAACAAGGCCAACCGAAGCUCUGAAAAUAUUGAGAAAGAAAGAAGAAAUCUUCGACAUUGUGAUAACCGAUGUAAAAAUGAAUGAAAUGGAUGGUUUUCAACUGUUGGAAAUUAUAGGCCUUGAAAUGGAUAUUCCUGUCAUAAUGAUAUCUGCCUCGGACGACAUAGAAUUGGUGAUGAAAGGAGUGAGACAUGGAGCUCGAGAUUAUUUGGUGAAACCAGUUCGAAUGGAAGAACUAAAAAACAUUUGGCAGCAUGUUGUGAGGAAAAAUAUGUUUGAUCCUAAUCUUCCGAAGUUGACAGUACCAAAAACUGAAGAUACGAUAAAAACAAUACCCGUUGUUCAAUCUGUAGUUGACGAAGAAUUGUGUCCUUCCAAGAAACCGAGAGUUAAUUGGUCGAAAGUGUUACAUCAUAAAUUCAUUGAUGCUAUUGAGAUACUUGGUCCAGAUGCAUUUCCCAAAAAGAUACUCGAGUUCAUGAAUGAACCACAUUUGAGUCGCGAAAACGUUGCUAGUCAUCUACAGAAAUACAGAAAAGGGCUGAAGAAAGGAAAAAAAAGAUUAACAUCUGAAACAAAUAUAGUUGCUCAAGAUCCAAUAUCGACUAGACAAGACAUUAACAACGCUGUCAAGAUCAACAGUGUACCAUUCAACUCAAACAACAACUCAAACAACAAUCAAUGUUUGAUCCAACAAAACCAACACCUUCCAUCCACAUAUGGAAACUACUUCCAUCAAUCUACACCAAAUCCUUCUCCUUAUUAUAGAUCAUUCGCUUUCAACACGCCAAACACUAUUCCAAACCAUUCUUUACUUCCGAGCAUAGACUCUAGAUAUGCAUCAUUUGGUAGCGUUAUUAAUUCAACCGUCAAUAACUAUGUUGGAAUUCAUCAACCAUAUAAUCUAUCAUGUCCCAAUUCAUAUGAUGUUCCUAAUCUCCAAGUUACUAUUAGUCAUCCACCUCCAAUCGCUAUCCACAACAAUUCCGUUAUAAUGGCAUCGAGCUCGGAAAAUAUGACAGGCAUUGAGGCUCCACGACUCGAUGAUCAUUCCUUACUUAUGGGAGAAGGUUCGGUUGGUAAUACUUUCGUUGAAAAUGAUUGGAUCCAAAAUGGUAAUUUGUUGUAUAACCAACAACAACAUAUUGAUAGAAAAAUCGAAAUCGAUGCUUCUAUCGACGAUGACAUCAAUUUAAUUUUGACAGAGUUCAAUAAUUCCGCUCCAAUUCUGUGA